CUUGAAUCGAAAUCCCUUCGAUUCACAUUAAAAAAACCAGAUUCCGUUAAGAUGGCGUCCACAUUGGGAAUCCCUUUGAGUAAGGUGAGCCCAGCUUUCCUUCACGCUAAUUCGACCAGCCAUACCUGGGUAUUUAGUGCUUUUGCAGAACUUAUAGAUAAUGCUUAUGAUCCUGAUGUAAGUGCUUCAGAACUUCUCAUAGACCAGAUAGAUAUCCGUGAUACACCUAGUCUUAUUUUCCUUGACAAUGGAGCUGGCAUGGACAGAGACCAUCUUCUUAAAAUGCUUAGUUUUGGUUUUUGUGAAAAAGAUAUUUAUGAAAGACAAGGAUCCCAUCAACCCAUUGGUCAUUAUGGCAAUGGUUUCAAGUCAGGAUCAAUGCGUAUAGGGUUGGAUGCUCUUGUUUUUACCCGAAGCCAGCGUAGCGCAUGUAUUGGCUUCUUAUCUCAAACAUACCUUAAAGCCAUUCAGACAGAUUGUGUUGUGGUACCGAUACUGGAAUAUCGUUUGCCCAAACUAGAAAGGAUAAAAAGUCAAGAGUCCAGAAAUAAUUUAAAUGCUAUUUUGCAAUAUUCUGUGUUUAAAUAUGAAGAAGAGUUAAAGGCAGAACUUAGUGCUUUGGAAGGUUCCAAAACUGGGACUAAAAUAAUUAUAUCCAAUCUUAAAAGACUUCAAGAUGGUACUUAUGAGCUUGAUUUCUCUAGUGACCCCACUGACAUUCGUUGUCCUGAAGCACACGAAAUUGAUCUGACUUCUGUUUAUCAUAGGCCAGUUCAACAUAAUGCUUCAGAGUAUAAAAGUUCUUUGAGGGAAUAUUGCAGCAUUUUAUUUUUACGCCCAAGAAUGAAAAUAACUAUCCGAGGUGUACGUGUUAAAUCCAAGUUAGUCUCCAAGUCCUUAUCUAACACAGAAAUUGAUAUGUAUAAACCCACAUGGCUGUCAAGACCUGUAAAGAUUAUUUUUGGUUUCACUUGUGAGACUGAGAAAUCUGAAGAUUACGGUAUGAUGCUAUACCAUAGAAACAGAUUGAUUAAGGCUUAUGAAAAAGUUGGAUAUCAAAAACAGCCUAAUGAACUAGGUAUUGGAGUGGUUGGUGUCGCACAGGUAGACUUUCUACAACCCAUCCAUAAUAAACAAGACUUCAACAAAGAUGAAAAAUUCAACUCUGUUAUGGCUGCUUUUGCCCUUAAGCUAAAUGAGUAUUGGAACGAAAAAAAGGGCCAACAAGCAACAGCAUCUACUUCUCAAACUCAUCGCAAUAAUCCCGAUUGGUUAUGGGCACAGUGUGACCAGUGCCUUAAAUGGCGGCGACUGCCUGAUGGAAUAGAUGGAAAAACACUACCUGAUCAGUGGUACUGUCGAAUGAAUCCAGAUGCAACUCACAAUCGUUGCGACAUCCCAGAAGAACCUGAAGAUGAAGACUUAGCAGUGAAGCCAACAUAUGAAAAGACUUUUAAGAAAAAAAUGGAAGAAAGAAAGAGAAUUAGGCAAAUGGAAAUGGAAAGAGAAGAUGAAAUCAAGAAAAGAAAGAUGAUGGAGAAGGAAAGAGAGCUUAGAGAGAAAGAAGCAGCAUUGAGAGCUAUUCAACGUGUUCCUCCACCACCUGAUACUCACACUGUUACAGCUCUGCAGAAGGAAUUGGCUGCUGCAAGGCAGCGUGAGGAAAUGCAGCGACAGUUAAUUCAACGCAUCCAGGAGGAAAACAAAAAAAUUAUUGAUAAUUUAAAAUCUUUAAAAGGAAAACCAUCAAAGGAUGCUUUGGAUCAAAUGAAUCGGAUCCUAGAAAGUUCAUUAGCUACUUUACCCAAUACAAAAGAUCUUCAAAUGCACACUAGAAAAAUCAGCAAACCAAUUAAUAUUAAAACAGAGUCAGGAGAAGUUGUAUCUGUUACCCAGAACAAUAUGAAUGGUACAGAUUAUGAUGGUGACGACAAUGAAGAUGUUGUUACUAAGCACAGUUCUCAGGGGAAAACAAUUUUGCCAAAAAAAAUCAAACCAAAAGAAGUAAUGAAAGUGUCUACCAGCUUUGUACAGCCCAAAUCAGACUUAAAGACAACAGUGAAUGGUCACCCACUCAAAAAAACAGACGCUGUGUCAGACCCCCAAGCUUCUCGCCAGGUCUCCCGGCAGUCACGCCAACAGCGCAAAGCAGAGAAAUUGUUGGCAGUGAUAGAUCUGACAAGUGAUAAAGAGUUUGGAGAGCUGGUGGACAUUAAGCCUGAUCUAGAUGAGCUGCGUUCAUCUAUACAAGAUAGCCUGCUGACUGACAAUGCUGAUAUCAAACCUGAUAAAGGAGAACUUGAUGCAGUCAUUGCUGCUAACAGCAGUGAUAAAUCUUUGAAAGAAAAAUCUGCUAAAGUCAUCCCUGAGACCAAAAAGGAAAUUAUAGAUUCAGCCUAUUCUGAAACACAGCACAAAAAUAAACUGCCUAAAUCUGGGAGUGAUUUAAAGAGUUCACCUGUUAAGACAUCUUCUAGUCAUCAGGAUGUAUCAGAAAAGUUUUAUGACAAUCUUGAAGCUGCUCUGGUGGCUGUGAGACAAAAAAAAGAGAAAGAGAGGUUAGAGAAAACUCAACAAUUGUCCAAUGGCUCUCUUGAUCUGCCGACUUCGUCAGAAAACCUGGCUAGUGACCAGUUACAAAAUUCCAAUCCCAAAAGUCCUUUAGACAAUGCUGAUCCACUCAAAACAAUGGACAUUAAAACAGAGAAAGAUGAACAGAGCAUUGUCAACAGACUUAGAAGAUCUAUGAAUGAGCAGUCACAAGAUGACAUGGAGGAAGACAACAAUGACGACAGUAAUGAUUUUAUUCAUGAUUCUUUUUCCAGUGUCCCUCAGGAUAAAGACACAAAAGUGAUCAGUGAGACUACACUUGAGACCACCAUCAGUAGUACCGACCACUGUAAACCAAAGAAAAAUUGCAAAGACAGCUCCAGUUUUCCAUCAUCAAGCAUUCCCAAUGAAGAAAGUGAGACUGAAAAUAGUCUUCAUGCCUUUAGUAGUGCAGAUGAUGAAGAUUCCAUUAAGACAAAUGAUCCUGAACUUGAAAAUGAAAAAAAUGAUCAUGUAUCAUCUGUUAGUAUUAAAAGUGUGCAACAUUCAAACAAUCAAAAUAGUGUUUCUCAGGAAGAUAUGACUUCUAUAAUUAAUUGCUCUGUUAGGUAUGAUCAAACAGAGAACAUAAGGGAUCCAACUCUUAGCCCUGAUGGUGACACAACAGAUAGUUUCUCUUAUAUAAUUCCAUUGGCCAGCCUCUCAGAUAUAACUCCUGUAAGCAAUCAAACUGAACAAGAAGUAGCUUCAGGGGAAGGCAAAAUAAUUGAUGCAGGAAAACAUACUCAGCAUAUUGGUGUAAAUGAAGACCUAUAUGUGCAUGGUGAAAAUAUUUCUUUCAAGUCCAAACAAAAUACUACAUAUUCUUCCAGUCAUAGUCAACUAUUAAAUCACAAUCAACGUGUGUCAACAAUGAAGAAUGUGGCUUCUGGCAAUAACUUGAACAGAAAUGCUAAUUCAAAGGUUCUAAGUGAGCAAACACAAAUCUCUUCUUCCUGUAAACCUGAUGUUGCAGUGUGUAAUAAAGAAACACAGACUCUAACUGGAAAUGUUUCAGUAGCAGAGGUUCAGACAGAGGAAAGCACUCUAGAUUGUGAACUGAGGGAAAAACUAGAAAAAACUCAGUUAAAGCUUAGGAGUUUCUAUAAAGAUGUUCACCAACUGCUGAGGCUGAGUUAUACUGACCUAAUUCCAGGAAACGAAGAAGAUUUGGAAAACAUAAUACGAAAUUUGAUAGAAGUUAAACAGGAACAACAAGAUCAGCUUCAGACACAGACUCAUGGAGAAGACUGAUAAUUCUCUGACAAUUCUCAAUAGGACAUGUUACAUCUGUGCAGCAAAGUAGAAUUAAUGUCUAAAUGUAGUAAAAAAAAAAUUAUAUGUUUUUACUGAAAGACUAUAUAUUUCAUAUGGUCCUCUGUAAAUGAUUGUUUAAACUGAAAGAUUAUUUUAUCUUGCCCUGUAAAUUAACUAAACAUUCUAUGUGAAAAAGUCAGUUCCAUUUACCUAUACUCUUGAACUUCUAGGAUGAUUGCUUAUAAAUCAAUUGUAUUUGUUUAUUGGUUUGAUUGUCUAUUUGGACUGUGAUCUGGUUUAAGUGAAGUAAUAUGUACAAGGUUUUCAGAUGAAUGCAUUUUGUGUAAUGACCAGCCCCCUUAUUUGUCCCUAUAAGAGAUGCAGAUCUAUUUAGUAGUUGUAUGAAACCAUUAAAUACAAAUGUACAACAGCAUUCAACUCCCAGAACCUUCAAAACUGAAAACCUUUUUUUAGCAUAUAACUUUUUUUUCAGCUAUGCUCUUAACUCAGGCCAAUAUUAUGUGCAAUAUGUAUGCCAGGUUUGUUUGUAUUUUUAAAGUUUCUUGAAAUAUUGAAAAAAAAAAUCUCUGUUGUGUUAGGGUGUUUAUUCUUCCAUUACCAUUGUAAUUAACAUUUGUAAACAAUGGUUGUUAAAUGGCUUUAUUGGAGUAGAAAACAAUGGUUUGUUAAAGAUAUUGAUUAAUAGUAAUAUAGAAUUCAAAUGUCAAUUAUUAUUAUUCUACUAUAUCUCAGCUCACUUUGAACCAAGCAUUGUCCAGUUGAAGAGUUUUAAAAAUAUUUUAUUUGUUGAGCCUUGUGCUUGAUUUCAUGCUGGCAAAGAAAAUGAAUUAGAAGAAUGUUUAUAACACAUUUCUUCUUCUUCAUCGUUCUCAUUGUUAUGUUGGAGUGUUCAUAUGACUAGACCAAUACAUGAGAUGAACUGCGCAGUGGUUUCCAAAUCAGGGAGCUCUACAUAUAGUUUUCUUUCUAUUGGGGUGAUUUGGGGCCAAUGUCUUAUACGGGCCUCUUGGUAGAGAGAGCAGUUUUGGAGGACGUGGUCUGCAUUUUCUGGUGAUACUCCACAUGGGCAGAUUUCACUGGUUCCAAUUUUGAGCUUCCGGAACAUGUGUUGUCGCAUUCUGUUGUGUCCGGUCCUGAGUCGAAAGAUUAGACGUUGGUCUUGUCGGGAUAGCUUAUAGUAAGCGUCAUCUUUCUUGUGAUUUGGAUGGGAGCUCGUCCAUUUCUCAUUUAUUUUAUCUACAAUUAAUUUCUUCAUUUCUUCUGGAUAGAAUGCAGAGUUAGUUCUCCCACUCUUGGUGAGUGUGUCAGCCUUCUUAUUUCCUGCUAGUUGUAUGUGAGCUGGUAUCCAUUUUUAUAACGCAUAAUUGAAGAAAAGUUAUUGUAACAAGAGUUUUAUUUCAGCAAAAAAAAAUUUUUUAGUUAUAAUUGUUUCUGCACUAUAUAAUUUUAAUAGGUGGAAUAAUUCUGUGGAAUAAUUUUUCUUUUAAUAAAAAUGUCCUGUUUGUUUUUAAUUGCAUUAAUUAGUAUUGCAGAUGCUCUAUAAAUUAAUAGCUUUAAGUGUGAUAAAUAUGUUGUGCUUUAAUUGCUAAUCACAUGAAUGAUUAGCCCUGAAAAAAGCUUUACGUAAUGGCAUAGAAUUCUAGUGAUUGCAUCUUUAGCUGAGAAGGAAAAUACUUCUCAUAAUUGAACAGAUGAACUAGCAACAUUUUUAGGUCACUUUAAAAUGUAUAGAAUGAAGCAUAUUGGCACUUAAACAGGACUUUAUCAUUGUAGCUAAGUUGUUCUAAAUGGCCUACAUACACAUAGUGUAAGAAAUUGUACACAUUCAUAGAAUAAAAACCCAACCCAGUGUCAAUAGUCAUUACAGAUAUUUAUAUAUUGAGAGUAUGAGACUUUGAUGAUCUGUUUUAAGACUAUCAAAAACUUAAGAAAUGGUUGAGUCAUGAACAUUUUAUUGUUUGCAUUUCAAACAUGAACAAUUGUUUUUGUUAACUUUAUUGUGUUUUAAAAAGAAAACAGCUAUUAAAUAUUUGAAUUCUUUUUUUACUUUCAUUUACUUCCCUUGAUCUGCUAUUUUAUUUCACUUGCUUAUGGUGUAAAUAUUCAAUCAGAUUAUAAAUAUAAUGAUGGUACUGCCAACUAUUUCUUGGGGGAAAAAAAGCCAUGUAGAGUGGUUUUUUUCCCCUCUGUACAGAUUCUAUAGACCUAUAAUUUUGUGUUUGAUUUGCACAGGUAUUCACCAUUUAAAACAAAAAAUCUUUUUCUAUCUAUUACAAUGUAUUCUAAGUUGUAAAUAAUUGAGUUUUAUCAAUGUGAUAAAAGAACACACUAUGAACAUAUUGUUUAAACAAUGUUUCUUUUGUUCAAGUAUCUGUACAUUUCAUUGGGUAUCUUGCUUGUCUGACAUGUUUGACUUGUGUUCUAGAUUUUUCUAAAAUAUAACCAUAGUUAAAUGCUAAUUCUCUAGCAUUGUCAAAAUGAGGCUUUCAUUAAGAAACAGGACACCUAUUUUAUUUCUUAUGUUUUCAUUCUUCCAAUAUUUUUUAAGACUGUUAAAAACCUGAACAUGCUUAAUUUAGUUCAACUUCCAUACUGGUGGUUGGGGAUCUGAGUAUUGUGUAUAUUUAAUGUACCCAUUUCUAUGUUACAUUUUUGUUAUAUAUUUUUGUAUUUUUAAUUAAUGUGCAUAUAUGUUUGAAGUCUAACCAGUAUGACACUAUUAUGUGUUCAGAUAGUAUGUCCAACAUAUUACAAAAGUUGUCUAAUGAAUAAAGUAAAUGAUUUUUUUCA